UUUCAAAACAGUACGAAGAAAGUAACGGGAUCAAUAAGACUUUAAAAUUAAAAUUAAAGUCUCAGCAAUAUUUUAUUUAAUUAAUUGAAAGGUGCAAAAUUAUCUGACGGAUUACUCCACAUAAAAAAAAAUUCAAUCAAAAUGAACUUCGUACUGAUCGCAUCUACACUAUUGUUAUGCCUGUCAAGUCAGGUAAUUGCCGAGGACCAAUUAAAAGUUGAUGUUCUCUCUACGCCAGAACAUUGCGAGGCAAAAUCCAAAAAUGGUGACCUGCUAACGAUGCACUACACCGGCACACUUACCGAUGGCAAGAAAUUCGACUCGAGCUUGGACCGCGAUCAACCAUUCUCCUUCCAAUUGGGCAGCGGUCAAGUCAUCAAGGGAUGGGACGAGGGUCUUGUUGACAUGUGCGUCGGUGAAAAACGUAAACUCACAAUCCCACCACACCUCGGCUAUGGCGAUCGUGGAGCUGGAAAUGUCAUUCCCGGAGGUGCCACUUUGAUCUUUGAAGUUGAAUUGAUCAAUAUCGGAGACGCUGCUGCAGCACCAACCACAAAUGUCUUCAAAGAGAUCGACGAGAACCAAGAUAAACAACUUAGUCGUGAAGAGGUAAUUAGUUAUGUCAGUGAAUACUUGAAAAAGCAAAUGAACACCGAUGGACAAUCCGCUGACGAUCUCAAAAACUUGAUGAAAGAAAACGACAAAUUAGUCGAGGAAAUUUUCCAACAUGAAGACAAAGAUAAGAACGGAUUUAUCUCACACGAUGAGUUUUCCGGACCAAAACACGACGAAUUGUAAAAAAAGCUUCCUUCUAGACUUUCUUCCUUACACAAUAACUCAUUAGGGACUUAAUCUCGAACUCUCGUGCAAAUAAAAUCACAACAGAACAAUUGUUAACACUCCAAGUCAGUUUUUAACUUACAAGAAGUAAUAUUGUGAAAAAAUAAUAAGUUGUUAUUAUAGUAUAUAUGAUAUUUAUAUAUAUGUUUAGUACUUUAUAAAUUAAUAAAAAGAGACUUUUCAUAUAAAAAUAAUUUGUUAUUUG